CUGAAAAUGAUUCAUCAAUGGAAAAUCAUAUGCGAUCAACAAAAAAUAUGGAAUGCUUCAAAGGUUAGGAAAACAAAUUUCCUAAACCGAAAAAGUGGCUCCAGCGACUGUGCUAUGCGGAGGUUGUGGCUGGCAAUAUAGCUGUUCCACAGGUUCCCAUGGUUUCUCUUGGGUGAUUUGUGUUUUCAGGCGAUACUUCACAACAUCCUAUGAACCGAUUGAGACAAAUUCAUGCCUACACGCUCAGGAACGGCAUAGACAACACCAAACGUCUCAUCGUCGAGCUCCUUCAGAUCCCAGACAUCUCCUACGCCCACCGGCUCUUGGACCACGCUCCCAACCCAACUCUCUUCCCCUUCAACAAGCUUAUCCAGGCCUACUCCUCUCAACGCCAACCCCUCCAAUGCCUCCACCUCUACUCCCGAAUGCGCCUCCGUGGCUGUCCUCCCAACCAACACUCCUUCACUUUCCUCUUCGCCGCCUCCGCCUCCCUUUCCUCGCCUCUGCCGGGCAUGAUGCUCCAUACCCAUUUCGUCAAGUCCGGUUUCGACUUCGAUGUCUUCGCGUUGACGGCUCUGAUCGAUAUGUAUGCUAAGCUUGGCGAACUCGGAUCAGCUCGUCAGGUGUUCGACGAAACGCCCAUGAGAGAUACACCCGUCUGGAACUCCAUUGUUUCUGGCUACGCGAAACGCGGGUACAUGGUGGAAGCUUUGCAGUUGUUCAGGAGAAUGCCUUGUAAGAACGUGAUCUCAUGGACGUCCAUCAUAUCGGGUUACUCGCAAAACGGGCACAGUGAGGAUGCCCUGAAGAUGUUUCUAGAGAUGGAAGAGGGGGGCUUUAGACCGAAUGAAGUUACCGUAGCUAGUGUUCUCCCAGCUUGCGCGAAUCUUGGUGCUCUGGAGAUUGGGGAAAGGAUUGAAACAUAUGCAAGAGAAAAUGGUUUUUUCAAGAACAUCUAUGUGUGUAAUGCUUUAUUGGAGAUGUACGGCAAGUGUGGUAAAAUUGAUGCUGCGAGGAGGGUGUUUGAUGAGAUUGGAAGCAGAAGGGAAUUGUGCUCCUGGAAUACGAUGAUCACUGGCUUGGCUGCCCACGGAAAGUGCAAUGAGGUUCUUGAGCUCUAUGACCUGAUGCUGAGUGAAGGAAUCAUACCAGAUGACAUCACAUUUGUGGGACUUCUCUUGGCAUGCACCCAUGGAGGCUUGGUCGAAGAAGGCAAACGGCUGUUUAAAUCAAUGGGAACCGAUUAUGGGAUUUCUCCAAAACUAGAGCACUAUGGUUGCAUGGUUGAUCUUCUAGGUCGUGCUGGCAAGUUGCAAGAAGCUCGUGAUCUUAUCCGAAGUAUGCCUAUUAAGCCAGAUUCUGUGAUAUGGGGUGCUCUUUUAGGAGCCUGCAGUUUCCAUGGCAACGUUGAAUUUGCUGAGGAGGCAGCAGAGUCCCUCAUUGAGCUUGAGCCAUGGAACCCGGGAAAUUAUGUCAUCCUAUCUAACAUAUAUGCGUCAGUGGGCCGAUGGCAUGGAGUCGCAAAGCUAAGGAAGAUGAUGAAGGGAGAAAAUAUAACAAAGGCAGCCGGAUAUAGUAUCAUUCAAGAGGGAGGAGAAAUCCACAAGUUUAUAGUCGAAGAUAAGUCGCAUGUAAAAUCGAGUGAAAUUUACGCCAUGGUGUGGGGUAUUUCAGCUGCAAUGAAGAUUCAAAAACAGCCAACGGAUUUUGAAUGUGAACUUGUAGAGUUCUGAUUGAUGUUAUUCUUUGGGUAUUUUCUCUUUUGCAAGAGACACUCCUAGAAAGUAAUUAUUCCGUGUAAUGCUGCCCAAAGUACAAUUAUUAGCUCUUUCGGUUUUUUUUUA